ACGUAAUGCUAUUUAUAAUGGAGGAAUCGGUUGGGUGAAAACGGUGUUCAAGCUUUCGGUCACAGUCACGGACGGUCGUUAUCAUGGCUCAACAUAACGCCGAACAAACGGACGCCGUACAGAGUUAUUCAGAUGCAGAAACCAAUAAGAGCUACUUAAAUGUGUUUAAACGCAGACAGCCGUUAGCGUUCUCGCCUAAUCGCCAGUACGCCUUAGCCGUUGUUGCACCUCUGCAAAAACAGGACAGCUGUGAAACUGUCUUGGCAGAUGACGGAUCUUCAGAAGCUGCUUCACCUGCUCAUGCAUAUAACAGAAGGGGAGUCCAAUAUGAUUACAAUUGGACUUCGUCAGUAAGACCCCGUUUUGAUCCAUUCGAUAACUGGCUUUCGUCAACAACGACCCCUUUUGAGCCAUUCUCUUUUGAUGUGCGGGAUGCUGUACGGAAAAUUCAGCGUGAGAGGAGACUGCAGGAGAUGCGCCGGAUGCAAGAACAGCAAUGGGAAAGCAGUUUGCACCAAUUCUGUAGAAUGGCCCACAUCACUUUCUGGUUUCUUCCGGACCUAUCCAGAAGAGGGCGAUGGAUCUCCAUUUUUGUACCCAGAAGCCUUUUGUUCAUUGCUAUGAUUUACGAAGAAAAUAUAAAAAAUGCAUGUAUUUUUAAAUUUCACUUUUUUUAAAAAAUCAAAAAUGUA